CGCGCGCCAUGGCCGCCCCGCCCGCCCGAGCCCCGCUCCCCGGCACCGCGCGGCGGGCCCGGCCGGGGCGGGGCGGCGGCGCCCCGGGGAAGGCAGCCGGGGCCGGCUCUCCGCCCCUCUGCUCCCGUUUGCCUACGUGCGGCGGCGGCGGGCGGCGGGCGCGGCCGGGGGCGCCCCUUGCGCUCCCGCAUUGCCGGGGUGCGGCGGGGAGGGAGGCACGGCCGCUCGCUGGGCCCCGCCGCCGUGAGAGCCGGACGUGCUCAGCAGCGGGGAGGCGAUGUUGGUGCUGGGCUGCAGUUCAGAGUCCGGUAGUUUCAGCAAUCUGUUUGAGGCAGGAACCGGUGUGAACGCACCUGCAGAUGCUUUUGGUCAGUCUCCAGCUCACUUGGCUGCUUGUGGUGGUGAAGCUUUUUUCCUACUUUGGCAACUGCAGACAGGAGCGAAUUUGAACCAACAGGAUUGCCUUGGAGAAGCCCCAAUCCAUAAAGCAGCAAAAGCUGGGAGCUUGGAAUGUCUUGCUCUUCUUGUUGCUGGUGAUGCCAAAAUUGACUUGUGCAACAACAGUGGACAAACAGCAGCAGACCUCGCGCUGGCCUAUGGCUUUCUGGAAUGCGCCAAGUUCCUCACGACAAUUCAGCACACUCGGACAAUGACACUGAGAGGAGAGUCUGGCUACUCGCUAAGUGACAAACGCAGCUUGCUGCGAGAGGAUCCAGCUCCACAGAAAGUUGAAAGAGAAACUGGCAGAUCCAUAAGCAGGAAGAGGAGAAGAUCAGAUGAUCUUGUCUCCUAACUGACAAAAGAAGCAGUCUGUAAUCCCAAAAUGAAAGCAAGGGGAACCCGAAGUCUGAAGAAACAUGACUGGACUCUGCAUUGUGCAGCCAGAUGUAUGCUGGUACACUGUCUCCUGAGAAGGAGGAAAGCUUGUUUAUUUUUACUUCUUACAGAAGACUUUUUUUCUAGAAUAGUUGUAUUAAUACAGCUAUAAAUAAAUGAGCAUAUACCAAUUAA